AGAGAACUGAGCUACGGUCAUCAAGCAUCAACAACGUCACUGUGAACUGAGAAAGCCAUCACAUCAUAAAGUACUGUCCCUCGUUACAUAUGGAUAAGCUUCAAUGAGAACGCGACCUCCUCUAGAAAGACGUUGCUCUCACUCUUGCAGUAUUAUCGUCAUCCUCUUUUCGCUUUCUUUUCAUCGCAUUGCGCAACUUGAACAGCAGAAGAAGUAGCGCGAUCUAUCUAGCCAUGGGUAAAGGCGGCGGCGGCAAAAAGGGAGGCGGCGGCUACCCGUGGUGGCAGCACAUUAAGUCAAAAGGCGGGGGCAAACAGCAGGACGAGGAACCGGACGCGAAGAAGCCCAAGCUGACGCAUCCCCAAACGGAAUUGCAGAAGUAUUGCUGGAACAACCUGGAGGGCGCGGGUUACGGGUCGUACAAGGAUUUGAAGGGGGAGUGGGCCGAGGACGAGUUCACCGUACGGAUUGUAAAAGUGUCUGGGUCUGGAACAUUCUAAACUUGUGAUGCUGUCUCUGAAUUCUGAAAAAAUUUGUAUUACAUGACCAGCAAGAGGACUCCAGUUUGUGCUACGCGGAGAGGUCAUUUCUCAUGCUGUAGAGGCAUCACAAAGCGCUCUAAAAAUCUGUGAUGCUACGGCAUGCAUCACAGACAUCAUGGGUCAUGGAAAAUAUGCAUGGCAAAUCUAGAAAAAAUCUUCCAGACCCAGACAUUUUUACAGUUGAUAUACCGUGUACGUGGACCAUGUGCAGGGCGACGCGUACGCACCGCCGAGCCACUAUGGAAGCGUCAGGAUUGAAAUCGUCAAAGUUGAAAUGAUUUGCCAUGCAUAAAAUGCAAGGCAUGAAGUGCCUGUCUUGCCGGGAUGGCAAGUGAGGCAGAUUGUGAGCCUAUUUAGGGUUUGGGACAGAGCUACUAAAGGAGCAUGACAAAAGCAGUCCUCUGUGCCCAAACAGCAUUACAAAUUGGAUUCCGGUGCUCCAAAAAUUUGGCAUGCGCCGCUUGGAAAUUGGUCUUCCAACUGGCAUCCACUUUAUGCAUGACAAAUCGUUUCAACUUUGUCGAUUUUAAACCUGACGCUUCCAUAGCCACGUGCGGGUGCGCAUUCCGGCCGCGGUCGCGAAGUGGCCCGAUGCGUUUUUGCUGGACAACUUUCGCAAGGACAAGAAGACAAAAGUGAAAAACCUCGCGGCCGCGGAUUUUGUGCAGCGGGUGGUGAACGACUACCUUCGCGGCGGGUCGUAUGGGAGUGUCGGGAUCGAAAUCGGCAAAGUCGAAAAAUUUGUGAUGCGUAAAAUGUAGGGCACGCAAGGCCUGUACUAUUGGGGAGCAGGCAAAUGAGACCAAUUGUAAGCCUGUUUAGGGGUAUACAAUGUGCUACCAGAGUAGCAUGACAGGAGCAGUCUUCUUUGCCCAAACAGCAUGACAGACCGGAUGUGGGUGCUUCCGAAAUUUGUCAUGCGCCACUUGGAAACUGAGGCUUCAACUGGCAUCGAUUUUGUGCAUAACAAAUUUUUCGAUUUUGCCAAUUUCGAUACUGACACUUCCAUAGGUCGGGAGUGGACUGGACCGAGGUGGCGGAGAAGAACGCGGGCUGGAGCAGCAGUAAGGGGGGAGACAUCCAGGUCGACCGGCCGUCGCAGUUCGUGCUGCAGCGGUCCUGCGUGGUUCUGAUGCGCGAGUACUGCGAGGUGCGGGCGACGCUGGCCUUGCCGGCGCAUGGACGGACGGCAGAAGGCAAAAAGGCGGCGGCGGCGUUUGACGCACUAGUGAAAACCGCGCAGAAAGCACUGAUAUUUCAAAACUUGGAUCACGCUGCACUUCGGAAACAUCUACAGUAUAAAGAGAUUUGUCGCCUUGUUUGCUUCGAUUGAGUAUAGUUCAACGCAUAUGCUGUAGCAAACUAUGUAAAAGCAAUGGUUGAUCAUGAUCAGUUUGAACGACGAACUUAAAUUCCAGAUGCGUCGAAGACCAGCAGCACCUCCGUGCCUGGUGUGCAGACAACGACCUGGUCGCGUUCGUCGGUGAUUCUGCCAUUCUGCCCCGCAAGGCCGGAAACGACGACCGGCCGAUGGACCGAGCCAAAGUGGUCCCUUUCGAAUCUCCGGAAAGUUCCGCGUUUUUCGUGGAACUCCCCCAUCGGGGCAAAGUCCGCGGCAUGGGCAUCAAGAAGGGCGUCACGCUCAUCGUCGGUGGGGGCUUCCACGGGAAGUCCACUCUGUUGCAAGCGUUACAAACCGGCGUGUACGACAAAAUUCCGAACGACGGGCGCGAAUUGGUCGUCACGGAGGAAAAUGCGUUCAAACUGAGGUCGGAGGACGGCCGGUGCGUUCUGAACACCGACAUUUCCCCCUUCAUCAAAAAUCUUCCCAACACCACCGCGAACGACAGUGCGAAGACGACCAACUUCACCACGCAAGACGCGUCCGGCUCCACGUCUCAGGCGGCGAAUAUCAGCGAAGCGUUGGAAGCCGGAGCGACCUGUUUGCUCGUGGAUGAGGACACGUGCGCGACGAACUUUAUGAUUCGGGACAAGCGCAUGCAAAUGCUGGUCGCGAACAACAAGGAACCGAUCCAGCCCUUCAUCGACAAAGUCGUCCCCUUGUUCGAAACCACGAGGGUGUCGACAAUCCUAGUGGUCGGCGCCAGCGGCGAUUUCUUCGAAAAGGCCGACACGGUGCUGUGUUUAGAAAACUACAUCGCGAAAGACGUGACGGCCGAGGCAAAAAAGAUCGUCACCUCCACCAAGUUUUGGGACUCCACCCUGGACGGGAGGAGUGAAGGUUCUUUGCUUCAUUGUUUUUUGGCCUGCACGGCUGGGCUCGACUUUCUUGCAACUUUGACUAUGUUCUUUUAAGCGAACGAAAUGUGUAUGUAGUUUUGUUUGCCAUUGCCCUUCCCGCUGCAGCUACGACGCGAUGCAACGAUCGUCGUGAUCUUUACAACUAGCUUUGUUCACCCCCCCCAUCGAAAAUAAACUAACAGGCAGCUUUCCGGCGCUCCGUCCGCGGCGUUUGAACAACAAUACAAACUGUGCGGCAGACGGGAAGGCGUCGGCCCGAAACCUGCGCUGCAUUCAGUACGGAGAGGAAGAGGUCGAGCUAACCUACGUCGAGCAGCUGGUCGAGCUGUCGCAGGCCAAGGCGCUGACGGAUAUUUUGCAGCUGUUGGGCGACGACUAUAGUAACAAAGUCAAGAAGCAGAUCGUGGACGAGAGCAGCUCUUUCUCCCAGCUCUUGGACAAGUUCGACAGCUUGCUGGCCGAAAGUCCGUUGGCACUGGACGUGCUGAGCAGGUGGGACCGCCCGCAGGGUUUCUACGCAAAACCUCGAAAAUUGGAAAUAGCCUGCUGUAUCAAUCGCCUUCGGACGGCGAAUUUUUCAUAGUACGCGACCGCGAGAAGGUUCUUGUAGUGAUCAGUUUCAGUGAUUGAGUGAGCCACUGCCACGCGAGACGAGGCUUGGCGCAAUUUCGAGGACUUCUUCAACAUACAAAAAGGUGACGCUACUACACAUCCUCACCCACCUCACGCAUGAUUUACGACUCAAAGUAAAGUACUUAAAGUUAAAUAUUUUUACCCGCUCCGCAGAAGAUCGAUAG